AUUGUGUUACUUGUUGAUUAAGCACAUGAAUGUAGUUAAUGAGUUAACUAAAAUGAUAGCCCCAAAUAUGAUUUAUUUUCUUCUGUAGAGCACAAAGGAAUGUAUUGAAAAUAAAAAAAUAUAUUUUUUUUCCCCAUACAAUUAAAGUCAACAGGAUGAAGUGAUGAAUAAACAAAGGACAAAGAAAUGCAUAAAUGUUUGUAAUGAAAUGUACAUGAUUAUGACAGAAUUUUUAGAAAUAAAGAUGUCAAAUGGCUAUGCAGUGUAAUAAAUGGCAAGAGGGAUUUUUUUUUUCAAAAAGACGUGCAUAUGACAAAAUAGUACCAGCAAAUCUGAAAAUGUUGUAAACAUGAAGGAGCUGCCUUUGAUGAGAAUUAAAAAAAAAAAUCUGUUUUGCUCGCUUUAUUAAAGUUUCGUGUUGUUAAUGCAAUUAUAAUCUACAUUAGAUGAAUAAUCUACAUUAGUGUUGUUGUAAAGACAUGUUCCUAGUUGACUGUGAUUUGAGAGAGAGAGAGAGAGAGAGAGAGAGCGAGAGAGAGAGAGAGAGAGCGAGAGAGAGAGAGAUGGGGUGGGGGUGAUGCUGAUGUGAGAGUUGUAACGCUCCGCUCGCGCUUCAAUGUUGCGGGUAGCGUGGAAUCAGAGCGCGCGAGCUUAUGGGAGGAGAGCGUGCACGAAAGAGCUAUUGGGGUUCCCAAAUAAUGGGAACAGGCAGACAGACCAAAAACACGCAGGCGGAUGGACGGAAAUAUAGGCAAGUGAAGCUAAAAACCAGCGAAGUAACGACCUCGUUCCCCCAUGUUUUCGUUCUUUAUUUAUCUGUUUACCUUGUUUAGUCAUGUAUCGAUUGAUUGCGUUUUAAUUACUGGAGUGUGACAAGGAGCGUGGGAGGAGGGGCGAAUCCGGCGAGCACGUUGAGUUGCCUUAUUUUUCUAUAGAUUUUUAAUUUAAAUGAACAAAAACAAGCAAACGGUUUUAACCACGUUUAAUGACUUUGUCUAAAUGAAUGUGUAGCAUGUAGCUGCUAGAACAAGGACGAAAGCUAGAAGAGCUAGACCAAAUAAAUUCACCAAAAAAUGCACCCCAUAUCCAAGUAAUAACAAUAUCCGCUGUCGUUUAUACGUUAUAUAGUCAGGGUAUGACAUUUUUUUCUUUAUUAGAACAAAUGCGGAACUAUUAGUUUAUUUCACAAGCAGAUAACCAAAGUUAAAGAUACUGCGAGCACGGGGAGAAGCAGCAGGCCAGCUGAACAUACAGACAGUGCCGGCAAAGACAGAAACACUUCAGUUUACCACGGGACCGAGAUAUGCAUUUACAAACAGAGUAAAUAUAUGCCUUUGAGCGACUGAUACAUAUGUUCGGCAAGCACACCGAACAUUUAUACCGUAGCUGUAAUACUGUAGCUGAAUACCAAAACGAAUAGACAAACGUUUAAGUUAUAGUAAAAUAACCCACGUUUGUCUUGUUUUAAUCCGUCUAUCCGCCUGUGUGCGCGCGCUGGGAAAAUACAGUCUGGCUGCGCGCGUCUGCGUAUCUAUGCACGUAGAUCAAAAGUAAACUACAGGCGACAAUAAAAGUUGUAUUUAUUUAUUUUUUAAUUAACUGUAAAACCUACGGGUAAACGUAAUUUUAUGAAUAACCAGUUGUGUGUCAAAAACGCCUGGAUCACGGAACCAAAGUGACAAAAGCAUAUCUUGCCACAACUGCUAAAAUUGCAAAGAAAAUUCAACAGCAAAAAGAACAUCUGAUAAGAACCAGACAAGAAGACGGAUCAUGUUUGUUCCUUUGCCGGUGCCGUUUGUCUUGCCGAGAGCUGCCUCUGAUCUCCACGCCUGGCGCCUCAAGUCCCCGCUGGCUCUGCGCUCUCACUCCGAUAUCAGAAUGUUAAAGCCAGUAGAGGUUGAGAAUCCGGCGGCAGACUCUCCGAUGGAGAGCACAGACUCCGAAAGAAACGGCUCAGAUUCAAAUAAUCAGGUUCAGCCGAUGAAAAUCAACCCUUUCUCACUUUCUCCCACACUGAGCAGCAGCCCCAAGACUAAGGUGGAGGAUUGUGGUGAGAUGUCUCCCGCUGCUAUACAAACUACACAUGCUCAGACGGCCCUUCCCCACACACAGCUGAUGCUAACGGGUGGUCAGCUCGCAGGGGACAUUCAGCAGUUUCUGCAGCUGCAGCAGUUAGUCCUCGUUCCAGGACACACUCUGCCUUCACCCGCACAGUUUCUUUUACCACAAACACAGCAAGGGCAGCAAGGGCUGCUAUCAACGCCAAAUCUAAUUCCACUACCUCAGCAAAACCAAGGAAGCCUGCUGGCCGCUCCACCCAGACUUAGUCUUCAAGCACAGAGAGAGAAGGUUGCAGACAGCAUCGUGAACACAGUGACCUCUCAUCCUGAGGAGCCCAGUGAUCUGGAGGAACUGGAGCAAUUUGCCCGCACAUUCAAACAGAGAAGGAUCAAACUGGGCUUCACACAGGGUGAUGUGGGAUUGGCCAUGGGGAAGCUCUAUGGGAAUGAUUUCAGUCAGACCACGAUCUCUCGCUUUGAGGCGCUUAAUCUCAGCUUCAAGAACAUGUGCAAACUCAAACCUCUGUUGGAGAAGUGGCUGACUGACGCAGAAACAAUGUCGAUGGACAGCACCUUGCCAAGUCCCAGUGCUCUUUCCUCUCCUUCCCUGGGGUUUGACGGCCUGCCUGGCCGCCGUAGAAAGAAACGCACCAGCAUUGAGACCAACAUCCGUGUCGCUCUGGAACACAGCUUCAUCACGAACCAGAAGCCUACCUCAGAGGAGAUCCUACUGAUCGCCGAGAAGCUCAAUAUGGAGAAGGAGGUGAUCCGUGUCUGGUUCUGCAACCGCCGACAGAAAGAGAAACGUAUUAACCCCUCCAGUGCCACCCCUCCCUUGCCCAGCCAACCCCAGCCCACCUCGCACAAACCCCCCUGCUACAGCCCGCACAUGAUGCCGAGUCAGGGACCAUCACAGACAGUGAGCAGUCUCAGUACAGCAGUGACCACUAUGUCAUCGGUUUGCCCUUUGACCCCAAGUGGCCCCUCCCUAAGCUCUGCACCAUCUCCUGUAACCCCGCCUCCUCGCAGUGAUGCCAGCCCCGCCCCUCCAACUCACAGUACACUAAGUCUGAACACAGGUUCAUGGCAUAAAAAGAAUGGUGACGUUUCUAACUACAUCAAUGACUUUGCUGCAAGUUUGAGGAAUACGGUGAGGGGAGUUAAAACAGGAAUCAACCAAGCUCUUCUUGGCAGCAACCCACUUGCUACUAUACAAGCCCUAGCAGCCAGUGGUGGCCAGCUGCCCAUUUCCAGUCUUGAGGGCAGCAGCAAGGUGUUAAUUUGUGGUUCUGGAGGCCAAGGAGCAGGUCUUCCCUCUUCCCUCUUUCUCAACCACUCCUCUUUGUUGCCAAGGGCAACAGGCACCAGCAUGGGAUUGGGGGGUUCAGCUGUUGCCAAAACCUCAUUUCCUGUCACAGGCGGCAUGAGUCCCUCCCCUUGCUCGAGCCCAAUCUCUUCCUGCUCUUCAGGCGAAUUGCUACACAGCCCACACUCGAUAGGAGGGGCUAAAAUCGAGUGACGUUGCCCAAGACCAAUCACAAGAGGAGGAGAAGGAGGAGAUGAAACCUUACCUGUCAACCAAAGCAUCUCUUGAUCCCCUCGCUCCCUUUCGGUUCCUCUCAUUCUCACUCUCUCUCUUCCACUCUCCUACUCUACUGAUGCCAAAAAUAUAUAAAGAGUGGAAGAGGGGAGAGAUGGAGAGACGGAGUGGAAGGAGGAAGGAAGAGGAGAGGAGAGAAAAUGAAACCAAAAAAACACCACGCGACUUAGCGGGACAGUUAAAUAAAUAAAAGGAGAAAAAAUUAAAAACUGUAGUGCAGUUUCAAGAUAAUGAAGACAUCCUUGAGCAACAAAAACAUAGAAAAAAAAAGAAUGAACUUCACUGUGUGUUAUAGAAAAACUGCAACUCUUUGAAGCAAACAUGUGAAGUACUGAAUACCAAAUAGUAUGAUGGAACUCUGAGAGACUCGCUAUGACAAACAAAUACAAGCAUACCAAAUACCAAAAACAAACACCAAAAAUACGGAUGGAAAAGCUUUAUCCAAAGGACCUGUAAAUAGCCAACCGUCCAGGACCAGACCCAGUGACAACAAUCCAGCCAUCUCUGAGCUCAUCAUCAUCUUUCAUGUUUUUUUUUUAUUAUGUAAUGUUAAAUGUGAUCGAGCCGGACCCAAACGCUGUUGUGAUUCUCUGGAUCGUCCACAUUCUAGUCGAUUUUUAUUCUCAGAAGUAGCAGAUAUUUACAUCAGUCUUUUUUGCAUCUAUGAUCAUCAUCAUCAUUCCAUGUCUUAUUCCCGCAUAUCAAGAGGAUUGUGUUUUUGGUCUUUGAUGUUUAUCAUAUAAGCACUGCAUAGCUUAAUGCACUUGUUUGUCCGAUGACAUGAAUGUCAUAUAGUAUAAUAAAAGUGAGAACAAGCUCCUCUCUAGCUUUCACGCCUCAAGUUGAGUGUAAAUAGUUUAAUUUCUCUCUUAAUAAUUGUGCUUGUAUACUUCCUCAUUCCAUUUCAUGCCUCCCUCAGUCACUUUCUCCCUUUUGAAUACCAAAGCGAUUCAUUCAUUCAUGAUCAGUUCAUCAUUCUCAUGAUGCAGAAUGAGAAGGAGGUGGGCUUACCUUGAUGAGGCUACUCUGGUAAGACAGCAUGGCAACAUGGGAAACGUGUGGGAUCUGUCACGACGAAGGGGCUCCCGUCCUCUCUGCUGCUUCUACAAGCCAACUUCACAGCCAGCCAAACUCCCCGUAAAGGAAAACCAAAAACAAACCAAGCCAAAAAUAAAAAAUGGAUGGAGGAGCAAAGUGCGUCGCUGUACAGAAAAAAAGAGCAUCCGCUCAUGCACCUCUGGACUAAGGUCACCCAGAACCAUGUAGCAAGGGAUGCGCCUCUGCCUCCUGUCAUUCAGACUCUUCCUGGUCCUGGGUGGUGGGAUCUUUGAUGACCUCAUUGGACUCAUCUGAAGAAGAUGUUUCGGGUUAAUUUGGGGGUUGGGAGGGUUGUUACUUUUGGUCUUUCGUUCCCGUCUGUCUGCUUUGUGGGAUUUUUCUUGGCUAUGUGUGUAGAUUUGUGUGCAUUCAUUUGGGGAAAAGGUAUUCACGUUUUUGCAGGAAUCUCAUUUUUUUAUGUUUCUUGUUCCUAUCUAGUUGUGUUAGAGACUCUAAUCAGGUGGUUGAAACAAUACUGUGAAAAAUUCAGUUCAACAGAUAAGAAACCAGGAUAAACACACUCAAGUACAUCCAAAGAACCAACGUCGAGUAUAAACAAGCUUUAAAGAGAACCAAAUAUUACAUACUUACAUGGUCUCAUCCACCUUACCGUUGUAUUUAUUGUGCUGAAAUCUGUAGUCAGUGAGCGCUGCAGGUUCAACGAGGGAUACAUGACCUCAGUUCUCUGCGUUACUGUAUAGUCUGAAUGGGUCAGUUAGUGCUUCUAUAGAUUUUGUAGUAAAUGAUCUAUGAUAUAAUGCUUACUAAUUGCUAAUGUAUGAAAAAAAAAAACAUUGUGAAAAGAUAAAAAAUGUUGAUAUUUACUUAGACCAAAAAUUCACACUAUCUCUCUUUUGGGUUUUCUUCCUCCCCCAUUUUAAGACAUUGAUUUCUUUAUUUAUUCUCCUCUUGCUUGUUUGUGAAUUUUCUUAAAAAAAACUUUUUUAUUAUUAUAUUUAUUUAAUAUAUUCCAGAUACCAAUUUUGUAGUGGGUGUGUUUGAGGCACCAGAUUGUAUUCAAAUGUAAACUUCCUUUGCCAAGGCGACCUUUCAAACCAAAUCCAUUGACAAAUGCAACCGUCGGUCCAAAUUGACCGGCCGCUAAUCGACAUCCGUAUGGGCGAAGACUUGUCUUUGUGACCUCUUAGCUGUUCCUUACUGAACAGAGCCUGUGGGGGGAAACAUAUCAGGGGAAAAAGCAGCACUGUGUUACUUCUGCUCAAAUGUUUCUGCAGCAUUCUUUCAAUGCUGAAGUAACCAUACAGAGUAAAAGCAUGCACUGCCAUGGCUUAGAAGGGAUAAGGUUGUAUAGGAACGUGUAUUGUAUCUGUACAUACCUGUCUCACAACUGCUGAUUUUACGGAUGUUGUUGCUAUGGUUACUGUGGUGAUGGCUACUGCAUGCAUGUGACAGUGUGGAGCACAGUGCUGCCGCGAGCCUUGACCUGAAAGCUUUAAACAGCUACAAAACCAAAAACUUUAGGAGAGGAAAGAUGGAGGGAUUUGGGGUUCCUGGAUAGAAAAUACAUCAAAAUGCAUGUAUUGUAUGACAGCUGAAAAGUAUCAGUGCUCCAUCUUUCUCUCUUUUUGCUCUCUCCCUCGCUCCUUCUCCUCUUUGUCCUAUUUAUAUUCCUGCUUAGUUUUUUUUUUUGUAUUUAUUUCGUAGCAUGUCUGUUGUUCUGUCUCCUGGUUAUGGGGUGUAGAAGAGAGAUAGUUACUCAUAUAGCCCUACCUCAAUCUCUUAAUGAAAAACCAAAUAGAUAAAUGCUUUAAACAGAGAAGCGGGCUGCAUCCAUCAGCAGGGGCCGAGGAGAAGUGUUCUGAUCGGUCCAGGGAACAUUUAGACAAAAAAAAUGAGGAUGAAACAUUUAAUGAACUUUACUGAUGCUCUGGCAUGUUCACUCCCUCGGCCCCUGGGACCAUUUUUCCAGUCACCAAACACAGGGCAGGACACAUACAAACACCUUUUCAUGUAUGCACACUUAUUGUGCACGUGCAUGUAUGUAUAAGUCGGUCAUGUGACUGAAGAGCAGGCGGUGACUGUUGUUGCUAGGUGACAAAUUGUAUAUCUUAAAACGCAGGAGUGGAAUAAAAGGGGAAGCCUUAUCUCUAGUUAUCUUUUCUCUAGCUUUCCUUCUCACGGUUACAGUCAGCCGCAGUUCCGGAUGUCUUAAAAAUGUAACGAGGACGAUAUGCAAGUAGUAGCAGCAGCGCAAGGGAGCGUGUUUAAAGUGUGAGUCUCUCAGUGGCGCGAAUCUCCAGAGAAUGAUACCAAAGCAGCACGCUUCUCUGAGACCGAGCACAACACACACGCUCCCUAAAAUCAUGUAAACAAUCCUUGAGUUUGAUUCGCAGCGGUUUCUCAAUUUAUUCAUUAGUUCCAAUCGGAAAUGGGUAAAAAUUAACCGGAAAAUAAAAAUCAUAACAUUUCAAAAGGCCUGACCAAGAGAACUGCAAAUAUUAGUCUUUUCGUUCUCAUUCUACGCUCUAAUUGUUGUUUUACAUGCUCUCUCUCUCAUUACAUAUUAUACAUUAAAUAUUAAUCAUAAUAAUAAUACAUAACAGCUUCAGUCCAAAGGUGUUUAAAAACACGUCUAGUUAAACCAAAGAGCUCCACUAACACAUCCUCAGCUGUUUUCUUUUGUCUCUUUUCCUGGUCACCUAGCAACCCAGUUUCUGAAGGUAUAACCUCAACUAUCCAAAGUAAAUAGAUCAUUAUGAAAUGUAUAUUUUUUAAUUUAUUAUUCGGGGGGAAAUCUUCAUGGUGGUGAUGAUGAUCUUAAAGAAAAUACUUGGUAUGUCUGUAAUGAAUUUCUGUUUCCGUUUUCGGGUGUUAGUGGUGUUCAUCUGUCCUCUGAAUCUUCUCCCUGAUUUCAUGUUCUGUGCGUAAAUGAGAGCGCGUGCGUGCGUCAUCUGUGUGUACAUAUGAUCGUGUGCGCGUGAACGUAUUUUACACUCUAAAAUUGGACAGAUAUACAGUUAUCUUGACAGAGUGGAUAUGUGCGUGAAUGUGUGCGUCAUUUUUGCUUGUUUAUGUACGUUGUCAUGUUUUUUCCCCCUUUUUCAUCCUUUUUCUCACUCGAGUUGAGCAGUUCCUUUUUCUUCUCUUCUGUCCCUUCUCUCUUUUUCUCCCUAUGGUGACAGGUUAGCCUUUUGGUGUAAUUAUCUCUGAAACCAAAAAAUAGUUGACAAAUAACUCGCUUGUUCAUUGUACAGUGCUGUUCAUUUGAAGUCAUUUUUGUAACUGAAAGUGUUUCACUCAUCUGAAUAAAAU